CGCGCUGGCAGGUGUUGAACUUUUAGACGGUCCCUGGGAAGGUGGGAGUUUCUUGGCUGGAGAAGACAAAAACACUACGGCUGCUUCUCCCUCUGUUCAAUCACGCCAGCCGACCAGCGAGCGUUUUGAGGUAUGGUCCAGUGCUGAUGGCUGACUCUGCACUGUUCAUGUCCAGAGCGCCCCCUGUGGAAGGGAGGUCCUUGGUGCUGAAUGACCUGGGUCUCCUGGACUCAAUCGGGGAUGAAAACAGCACAGCAGAGAGAUGCUACCGCUCACACUCUCGCAGCAGUGUCCUCCAGGGUCUCCCCUUUGGGGGCAUACCCACAGUCUUGGCCGUCAAUGUGAUCUUGUGGAUGUUCCUUUUACUCAUCUUCUCCUGUCUGAGGAAGGCUGCUUGGGACUAUGGCCGCCUGGCUCUGCUGAUGGACAACGACAGUCUCACAUCCCUGUUCUAUGGAGAACCAAGUGAGAAGGAGAAGUCUCCCUCUGAGUCUAGCCCUUCUGACUCUGAGACCAAGGACAUUGGGUUCUGUUCAUGGCUCACAUCUCUUUACCAUAUGAAGGACGAGGAGAUCCGCAGCAAGUGUGGCAUUGACGCCGUAACUUAUUUGUCCUUCCAGCGCCACAUCAUCCUGCUCAUGACUGUGGUGUGCCUGCUGUCUUUGGCUGUGAUCCUGCCAAUCAACUUUUCUGGGAAUCUCUUGGGAGACAGUCCUGAGAACUUUGGAAGAACAACACUGGCUAAUGUUAGCGCAAAGGACAACUUCCUGUGGCUGCACGCCAUAUUUGCGUUAGUCUACUUCCUCAUCACGUUCCUAUGUAUGGCUCACCAUUCCAUACGGCUGCAGUACAGAGAAGAUGAGAAGGUUGCAAGAACACUGAUGAUCACAUCCAUACCCAGAGACAUUUCAGACCCAGGACUGAUUACCAAACACUUACAUGAGGCUUACCCAAGUUGCACCGUCACCGACAUACGCUUCUGCUUCGACAUCAACAAGCUAAUGAGGCUGGACUUAGAAAGGCGCAAGGCGAUGAAAGGCAGACUGUACUUUGCCACAAAAUCUCAAAAGGAGGGAAAGAUCAUGAUGAAGACCCACCCGUGCGCUCAAAUAUUCUGCUGUGACAUUUGUGGCUUUGAAAAGGUGGAUGCAGAACAAUACUACAGCGAGUUAGAAGAAAAAUGGACUGAUGAGUUCAAUGCUGAGAAGAACCGCAUCUAUAUGAAGCGGCUGGGCAUCGCUUUUGUGACAUUUCGGGAUGAGAGGAUGACGGCUGUAAUUGUGAAGGAUUACGGUCGUGUGCGCUGCCGCAGACGACCCCAGCAGUCCAGCAUCACCACAGUGGUACAGUCUCACCAGUGGGGCAUCAGCUACGCACCCGCUCCCAGUGACAUCAUCUGGGAAAACUUGUCAGUUUCUGGCUCUCGCUGGUGGCUUCGCUGCGUCCUCCUCAACAUCCUCCUCUUUCUGCUGCUCUUCUUCCUCACCACUCCCGCCAUUAUCGUCAACACCAUGGACAAGUUCAAUGUCACCAGGCCUGUGGAGAGUCUGCAGAAUCCUAUCAUCACUCAGUUCUUCCCAACCCUCCUGCUGUGGGUGUUUUCAGUCCUGCUGCCCUUUAUUGUCUACUACUCGGCCGUCUUUGAGGCCCACUGGACCAGAUCCAACGAGAACCAGGUCACAAUGCACAAGUGCUUUUUACUACUAGUUUUUAUGGUCCUCAUCCUGCCCUCGCUUGGUCUGUCCAGUCUGGACCUGUUCUUCACUUGGCUUUUUGAUGUCAACUUUCUUGAUGAAAAGGAAGUCAAAUUCCAGUGUGUCUUUCUCCCUGACAACGGUGCAUUCUUUGUAAACUACGUGAUCACUUCCGCGCUGAUCGGCACAGCAAUGGAACUGCUCCGUAUCCCAGCGCUGACAGUGUAUGGCCUCCGCCUCUGCUUCGCAAAGUCUCAGGCUGAGCGUAUUCAUGUCAAGCGGACUCAAACCUAUGAGUUUCAAUUUGGCCUGGAGUACGCCUGGACCAUGUGUAUCUUUGCUGUCAGUGUGACCUACAGCAUCACUUGUCCGAUUAUUACACCCUUUGGUCUGCUCUAUGUGAUCUUGAAGCACAUGGUUGACCGCUACAACAUCUACUAUGCAUAUGUUCCCACCAAGCUCAACCAGCACAUCCAUACAGCCGCCAUCCAUCAGGUCAUCUUGGCGCCCAUCCUCUGUAUCUUCUGGCUGCUCUUCUUCUCCAUACUCAGAUUAGGUGCAGUGCAUCCCAUAACUUUGUUUACUUUGGUGUCACUGCUUUCCUCCAUUGCCGUUUCCUUUUUCCGCUUGUGCCUUAAAAAGCAACCAAACAAGUCAACCAGCUACCAGAUGUCCAAUCAACCAGCAGAGCGAACACUCCCUGAUGCAGAAAGGACUACAGUUACUUCAACCACCGCUUCCAAUCUGUUUGUGGCAUCCGUACUGUUGGAGCCAGAGCUCGCGUUGACCCCCAUGCCCUCCCCGGCCCACCACAACUAUGGCGCCAUGGCCUGCUCCCAGAGUUCAGCCCAUGGCCCAACAGAAGAAGAGGAGGAGGGAGAGGAAGAGCACACCCAGACCCAUGAGACUCAGCUCCAAGACCCCCCCGACACUUCCUGCUCCAGCCCACUCAUGGACAGCCCAGUGGGCUACCAGUAAUGCCACCCUCCCCCUAACGCUGGUUUCCACGUGUACGUCACCUGAGAUCAUGCUGCAAUGCCACGUUUUCUCUCUCUCCACUUGACCUCGGAUUCCAACUUUGCUGCCUCGUACAAGUGGAGAUGAUUCAAAUGAUGGGAGCUGAAGAGGAUGUGAUGAAAAUACUGGAUCCGUGUCGUCAUGUCCAGAAUAUGUCUCACACACCCGAACCACCCGCCGGUCACUUUAGAUUCCAUCCUCCUUCAUGACUCUCCACCUUCAAGUGACUCAAAGCAAUGGAAGGCAAACUGUCUUUUGGUAUCUGUGACAAACGCGAUACACGUCGUGCCCCUCGGACACGAGUAGAGGUGAAAGAUGCCACCAGAGUGGGUGGUGUGAGCAGACUUGCCCUGCCAGACUGACAGAGCGGUCCCGGCUCGAGUGAUAUCUGGUUGAUGGCGGCCAGAGCGUGGCGAGGCUGAAGAGGGUGCAUCGAGUUGCGAAGCCAUCUGCAGUGAGAGAGCUGACAGACGGAGUGUGCAAUGUAACGCAAAGAUGUACUGUAAGAUAUGUACACCCCUUAUCCUUCCCCGAGCAGAGACAGCGCUACUCUCUGAAGCUUGUCAUACUUGAGCUUUUUUUUUUUUUUUUUGCUCCUCUGUGUUGUUGGUAUUGGGCUUUGGCUUUUUGAUUUGUUGAAUUAAGUUGAUGAUUAUCCUGUUUUGACCGUGUAGUUCAAUGUUUCCCAACCUUUAUUAAGCCAAGGCACAUGUUUUACAUUGGAAAAAAAUUCUCACCACACCACUGUCACAAAAGUUCUUGAUGUACUUUCUGCCAUCUAGUGGAAGAGCAUUUAAUUGUCCUUCCUGUCGCUAUAUAUCACUGGCAAAGAUUGUUUUUUGUUUUGUUUUUUGAAUUAAAUAAAUUGACCGAUUAAGUGAAAAUGGACAAUUUCUUGUUUUCUGAUGUAUGUGCCAUGGCUCACUGUUUGGGGAUAACUAUUGUCUUAAUGGAGUUUUUUUUUUUUUUUUUUUUUGUCUGUGUACAUAUUCUGGUCUCUGUGCUGAAGCAAAUGCCACCUUGUGUCA